CAAUUUGGUGCUGUUCCUGGUGGAGUUGUUCUUAUUUAUUUCCGUGGCGGUAUUCGCUAGUGUUGUACUUAUCAGGCUUCGGGCGUUGUACAGGAUUUACCGGCGGUGUGAUUACAAUCCUCGGUACAGAACUUUCAUGUUUGUAAUUUUUAUCUUCAUGCUCCUGGUGAAUAUACCAGAGAUUGCCGCCUUUGCCUUGUGCGCGCAUAAUUUUGCCGUGGAUACGCCGAACCCCACCUGUCCAGAAUGGCUGGCUCAUGUACCCCUUUCAUACCUUUACUACAUCGUGUACACGAGUUUUUUUGCGUACUACACAUAUCAUAUUCGGACGUAUCCGGAUCGCAAUGUAUACCUCUCGAAUUUGCGAUUGGCGAUCAUCUCAACUCUGUGGUCGGUAGGGACGGUAGCUACGUUCUAUGGUGCUAAUGGUGCGCAGAUGGACGCUAGAGCCUUUUGCGGGUACACCUCUCUCUUGUCAAUAUACACCAUCGAGAUGUACGGGAACACGUUGUACGAUGAAUUUGAGUGUGAAUAUAGAGGCACAAAGCCCUUAUCUGACGAGGAUGAGAAGGAUCUUAUAACGCAAAGAAACAAGACACUGGCUGGUGUGGGGUAUUAUAUGAACAAAAAGGAGUUAUACGAUAUUCUGCUGGAGAUAUCUAAGGCCCGUUAUUGCGAUGAAAUCGUGAUGUUUCUGGGUGGGUUGUGCGCUGCUCAUCGAAUGGCUCAAACCGCUUUAGACCCGCGGAGGUCGAGGAAUAAUAGUUCAGCUAUGAAAAAGUCCAGGAGAAGUCAGGAUAGUCUUGCAGUGAGCACGGGUCAAUUAGAGGAGGAAGACGCGGUGGAAACAUGCGCGAAGAAGUACUAUCUGAAUGACCUGGUAGCCCUGUACGAGCAGUUUAUAAGAACAGAUGGGUCACAUUGCGUGAAUGUGACCCAUGUAUUAAGAGUUAAUGUAGAAUCUGCACUUAACGAUUGUAAAAGGGCGGCACACAACUCUCAUACUGCCGAUGCGAAGCGAGCUUUUGCAUCAAAAGAGUUGGCUGCCAAUAUGGAUACUUUAGCUGUGAACACUAUCCGGCUUUUAUCUCAUUCUGGUGUUUGGGAGCAAUUUAAAAACGACGAGAGGGUGCUGGCUAUGGAAUCGAGAAAGGAAGCAAUGCAAAAGUAUGGACUUCGCGCAGCAAAUACUAGUGCACCAUUGAGCCCUUCCCGUCGCCAAUCGGCAGUUGUAUAGGUCACGUGUGUCGAACCAGACAUUUUCGAGAAAUUCAGUCGCUCAAAUAGACAAGCAGGCUAAUUUGCGC